AUGUCCCUGCAGAGGAGACCGGGAGGAGAAGGGACGAACAGACCCGCCAGGGCUGCUGAGGACUUGUGCAGAACAUCCAGCUUCUGCAGAACAUCCAGCUUCUGCAGAACAUCCAGCUUCUGCAGGACCCGGCAUGAUCGCUCGCAGACAGGCCUCCUGUGGGCCCAUCCAUGUUGCCUAGAGCAGCCGCCCCGAGAGCAUGGUGCUGCUGAAGGGUCUCAUCCCUCCUGCUGGUCUGAAGGAGCCUGCGGUGCUUCACCAUGUCAGCUUGGUUGCAGGUGGCUGCCACAGGCUGCGUCCUGCAGGGUGGUGGAAAUCACAGAGAGGAGAACGGUGGCUGCGGGUUCCUCCGUCCUGCUGCACGCCCCCGAGAUCCAGAACGUCAACUUCACGGAGUGGGAGUUCAUCAGAAACACCACCCCGGAGUUCAUCCUGCAGUACUAUGCGGAUUACCAGUCUCCCACCAUCUACACGGCCUACCAAGGCAGGGUGGUUUUCUACCCAGAGAACGGCUCCCUCCUCCUGCAGAGCGUGCAGGAGGCAGACACAGGCAUCUAUAAGGCAACAGUUGACCUGAUGCAGGACAAAGCACGGACGACCCUCCUUGAAGUUAUCCAGCCCGUGCCCCAGCCUGAGCUCCAGUACAGUUCAAACCUGGCGGGUUCUCCCAUUGAGCUGGUCUGCGUGGUGCCAGAGGGAAGGGUGGAUUCCAUGUCCUGGAAGAAGGACGGACAACCCCUUUCCCCAGAAAAGUGCUAUGGGCUCUCUGGAGACACGCUGCAGAUAAGGAAGGGGGAGAAGUCAGACUGCGGCUGCUUCUCCUGCAACAUCAGCAACGUGAUAAGCUGGAAGGAGGCAAAGCUGAACCUGAUGGUGACAGGUCUGCCCCCUCCUCUGCGCCACGUGCGGAGGGUGGCCGUCGUCGCGCUGAUGUUCCUCACCGCCUCCACCAUCGGCUUCAUCGUCCUGCUCCGUCAGCUGAGGGAAAGCAGUUCAGGAAAGGAAGCAUUGAAACAUCUAAUUCUGUUCACCCAUGAAAUGCUGUGGAUCUCCUCUCUCCUCCUGUUUUCCGCCUCCAUCGUCUGGAUGUGGGAAGAAGGUCCUUCUGCUGCCUUCUUCUUGUUUGGGUUGUUCUUCUUGCUUGCGGUGCUAGGAAGCACCCAGGUGGCAGUGGCAAUGGUGUGGAGACCAGCAGCUCUUGGCCACUUCAAAAACACAGUGUGGCACCAAGUUAUCCGGAACUCCAUAGCCCCCACAACGCUGAUCGUCAGCUUGUUGUUCUCCACCCUCUUGCUCCAUAAUACCCAGCAGCUCCAUGAGCGAGGCUGCUCAGAGGCCGUGGAUCUGACCCUCAGCUGUGUGUUGGCUGCGGUAACCAUCCUCCUAACGCUGCUGGUAAACAUCCUCCUGUGCUAUCACAGGAGUAAACAGAAGGAGAGGAUGACAAAAAACCAGGACACCACCCAGGACAAAAAGACCACAGUCACCUUGGUGGUGGAAAAAACCCAAGGACAGUGGCAGGAGGGGGAGUGAGGGGUCAUCCCCCCACCUGCCGGGGAAGAGCCCCCCAGGAGCUGGGAAGAUGCCAUCGGCCCAAGGAAGACACCCAUAAGCUCUGCCUGUACCCCAGCACCACCGAGGCAAGGCCUUGGACAAAAAUCUUGCCAAAACGUCACCACUGAGGUCUCCAAAGGACAGCCAGAGGGGACCAGUGAUGCUCCCCCCACCCACGGUCCCUGCCCGUGAUCCAUAAAGUGAAGGCAGAAAUGGUAUCACAUCCCGAGCUGGAGGUGACUCCUCCCUGCUAACGCCCUCACCCCACCUGCCUUCUCUUUUAGUACAUUAACAAGUCAAAAAAAAAAAAAAAUGUAAAUGACAAUCGAGGGAACAAGCCAUGUUUGAAGGAAUUCAGACCAGUUUUCUCAACAGGAGUGGAUACCUUGCUGCUGUUCGUUAGCGUAGCCAGCUGCAGAAGAGCAGAUUAACUCCCAGCUUCAGCUGCUGGUGAUUGCUCUGGUGUAAAACGCUCAUUUACCCUUGUGCCCGAGCACAGCUGAGAUGCUGGGCUGCCCGAGCUGCCUGUGCUGCUCUUGUUGGAGCUUGCUUUAAGCUGCCCCACUUUUGCUCUCAGCAGAGCUCUGCCCAUGCCGGAUUUCGGUGUCACCCCCUGCAAUGUGUGACCUCACUUUCCUCCUCUUCCUGCCUUCACCAGUCCCCUUUCAAUGUGCAGCGAGUGGGGCAGGUGGUUCUCAGGGGAGGCAGAUCCACCAUCUCACCCUCCCUUCCAGCUCCCCUUCCCUCAGCUUUGAAUGGCAAAUGUCUCUGUGUCGCAUCAUCUUCCUCGGAAAACCCAGCCCGAGCCCUUGUCCGUCUGUCCUGUGCCUGCUCCUGCCCUUCCCUGCUGCCACCUCCUCUGGGCACCACUUGGACCUCACACUCCGAACCCUGGAGAGGAUGCCUUGCCUUUGGGCAGGAAAGGCAGCUCUGUGAGUACUCCUCUGUAAAGCAGGGUGGCAUUUUUAAGCGUAUUUUUUGAUAGAAACUAGAUUUCCCUGAGCUGAUUUCCCUUCCGUGGGCCUUUUAACCAGCCUUGUGUUCAUGCCGCGCCCCUCAGCAGCUCCCUUUGAUGUUCAUAGCAUUUUAGCUGUGGUUGGAGUAAGUUCUGCCAGCUCUAAAACAUGUUCAGCUGUUAAAUAAAAAAAAAAAAAAAACAAACCCACACACACAAGGAAAAAAACCCCACCU